GGGAAAGCCACACAAAUUCCUUUUGCAUGGGGUUGAGUGGUACUCCUCGGAUAGCACGUUGGGUCUGGAUGGGUCCUGGGAGCCUGUUUGCAGUGGGAGUGCUUGGGCAUGGCACGAGCAGUGGAAAAAGGCUCUUGGGUAUCCUGAGUGUGUGGGGAUGGUGCAUCAGGGCUUCAUCUGUUGAAGCACUGGAAGAUGAGGAUUGCAGCUGCCCCAUGAUCCUUCAAAUCGCUAUAGAGGUGUCAUCCACCCCGUGGCCUUUCAUGUUGAAAGUUAACAGAUGCCUCCUCGGGCAGCGGGGCUGGGCGCAGGGGCUGCCUCCUCAUUCUCCCCCUUUCCCUGCAGCCAAAGCCCGAGAACGCCAUCACCAUCGCGGUGUCGUCGCGAGCGCUUUUCCGCAUGGAGGAGGAGCAGAAGAUUUACAACGAGCAAGGGGUGGAGGCUUACGUGAAAUACCAGCUGGACCAUGAGAACGAGCCCUUCCUCCCUGGGGCUGCCUUCCCCUUCGUCAAGGCGCUGGAAGCGGUGAACACGCAGCUGCGUGAGCUCUACCCCGACAGCGAGGAGCUCUUCGACAUUGUCCUCAUGACCAACAACCAUGCCCAGGUUGGGGUUCGCUUGAUCAACAGCAUCAACCACUACGAUCUGUUCAUCGAGAGGUUCUGCAUGACGGGAGGGAACAGCCCCAUCUGUUACCUCAAGGCCUAUCACACCAACCUCUACCUCUCCUCUGAUGCCGAGAAAGUGAGUGGGGCCAUUGAAGAGGGGAUCGCCGCAGCCACCAUCUUCAGCCCCAGCAAAGACCUGGAGGUGUCGGAGAACCAGCUGCGGGUGGCGUUUGAUGGUGAUGCCGUGCUCUUCUCUGAUGAGUCGGAGCAGAUCGUGAAGGCUCACGGCUUGGACAUGUUCUUUGAGCACGAAAAGGCUCACGAGAACAAGCCUCUGGCACAGGGACCCCUGAAGGGCUUCCUGGAGGCCCUGGGGAAGCUGCAGAAGAAGUUCUAUUCCAAGGGGCUGAGGAUGGAGUGUCCCAUUCGCACCUACCUGGUCACUGCCAGGAGCGCGGCCAGCUCGGGAGCCCGAGCCCUAAAGACUCUGCGCAGCUGGGGCCUGGAGACGGAUGAGGCUUUGUUCCUGGCCGGGGCUCCCAAGGGGCCGCUGCUGAAGAAGAUCCGUCCUCACAUCUUCUUCGAUGACCAGAUGUUCCACGUGGAGGGAGCCAAGGAGAUGGGCACCGUCGCUGCCCACGUUCCCUACGGCAUCGCCCAGAAGCACAAGCGGCCAGCGCAGGAGAAACAAACCCCGAACAGCAAGUAGCAGAGCCGGCUGGUCCCACGGCCCCCGGCACAGACUUCACCCUGUGCGCCACGCUCUGACCUGCGUUGCGGUCUGCGAGGCAGAGAGCACUUGCCCUGGCAAGCGCAAAGGUUUUUCCCCAGCGGGAGCCGUGUUGGGGGCAUAGAUGGAGGAGGGGGCUUGACGAAAGGCUUCGUUUUGCCUCUGUGUUUGUUGCAGUGUCGUGGCGUUGUCCCCGUUCCUCGUGGGGCCGGAGCCUGCCCCACGCUAGGCAGCCCCACGAGCCUUUUCCCCUGUUCCUCCUGCUCUGCACUUGCUUCAGGCAAAAUUCCUCGAGGAUGGAUCUUGCCUUUUGUGGACUGUUUGUGCCAGGCAGGUUUAACCUAUUGGUGUUUCUUUAAAAUCCUGGGUAAUUCCCAAAGCCUUUGAUUUACAAAGCAAAUGUUCAGGCUGAACUGUUGAACUGGAAAAGUUGGGAGCACACAAGAACCCUUCUUGCAGCUUUGAAGCAAAAUAUUUCUUUUAACUAAAAUUAAACUGUAAUAUUGUUCCUUCACAGACCCAGCCCCUGCUCUCCAACCAGAAAAUCUUUCAUGUCUUUCAUCAAGAUUUUGCCAGCUGAACAGCUUUCCUAAAAAAUUUCCACUCAAAUUUUGAAAAAUAGAGACAAACGGUAAUAUAUGUUUAAAAAAAAAAAAAUCCUCUUUCCUGCUUGGCGUUUUGGGCUAGUGUAUUGUUGGCCCAGGUUUUAAAAUUUGGGUUUCACAGUUGCGUAAGUUAGCACUUAAAAAUAAUACUAAUGUCAGUGAGGCAUCCAAAGCCCAGCUCUUGUCUGUGUGAAGCAUCCAGGGUCUGCAGACACAUGUCUAGGGCUUGAAUUAAGUUAAAAGCAGGCCUUAAUAUGUUAGGGACAUCAUUUGAAGUCCAUUUAGGUAAAUCUGCAGAGAAUUUUAGCCUGGGGG